UCCAGGCACUCAAUACCCGCCUGGGAACUCUGGAUCCCGCCGCUGGGGCUGCAGCAUGGGGCGCUUCCGCGGGGGCCUUCGGUGCAUCAAGUACCUGCUGCUUGGCUUCAACCUGCUAUUCUGGCUGGCGGGGUCGGCUGUCAUCGCUUUUGGACUAUGGUUUCGGUUCGGUGGCACCAUGAAGGAUUUCUCCUCGGAGGACAAGUCCCCAGAGUACUUCUACAUGGGGCUCUACGUGCUGGUCGGCGCAGGGGCCCUGAUGAUGGCCGUGGGCUUCUUCGGGUGCUGCGGAGCCAUGCGGGAGUCGCAGUGCGUGCUCGGAUCUUUCUUCACCUGCCUGCUGGUGAUAUUUGCUGCUGAAGUAACCACUGGAGUGUUCGCCUUCAUAGGCAAGGGUGUAGCUAUACGACACGUUCAGACCAUGUAUGAAGAGGCUUAUAACGAUUACCUUAAAGACAGGGGGAGGGGAAAUGGGACUCUCAUUACCUUCCACUCGACGUUUCAGUGCUGCGGAAAAGAACGCCCGGAGCAGGUCCAACCCACGUGCCCGAAGGAGCUUCUAGUACCCAAGAAUUGCAUUGAUGAAAUCGAGACCGUAAUCAGUGUUAAGCUCCAGCUCAUUGGAAUUGUCGGCAUUGGAGUUGCAGCUCUCACGAUCCUCGGCAUGGUGUUCAGCAUGGUCCUCUGCUGUGCAAUACGCAACUCCAGAGACGUGAUAUGAAGCUACUCCCAUGAGAAAACCACAGUCUAAAGCUUUCAUAUACACGUCACAGGAGCUGUCUCCCGGCUCAUUUUUCAUAUUCAAAGGACAUUAGGAUUUAAAUACUUUUCUCUCGAUUGUACAUUUGCACAUGUAUGUAUGUUUGGCUCAUCACUGACUUACCCUCGAGUGAAUGCCUACGUAUACUGACUGGGAGCGUGUUUGUGUGUGAUUCGUGUGCUUCUGGUAUAUGCAUUAUACAGAAUGAAGUGGGUUUUCUGGGAAUUCCUGAUUGGUUAUAGAGUGAAAGGAACAGCCUAUUGAAUAUUUACUCAGAAAAAGAUCAGAAACUUUGAUAAACGUGAGUAAUAAUGGAUCGGUUUCUCAGAGUCUAGCCACAGAGAGUUCGGUACAGAGAGUUCAGGGACCCCUGGUUCACAGGAGCAAUAAGCCACAGGAAUGGAAAGACCGAGAUGCAGGGUUAAAAUGGACUGGGUCUGAGGAGAGUGUGAGGGUUCCUGGGAUUUUUUUGUAUACAUGCUCUCCCCAGAAUACAGUGAACCACAGUUUUAGGCCUAAAUACAUCUGUACAACUAAAUAUAGCAUGGAAAAUCUAAUUUGAAUAAGUCAUACUUUCCUAGUAUUUAAAAAAAAAAAAAACUCCCUCGGCAAAGAGGGUUCCACAGACAAUCGAGUGUCCUGUAAAAGUGAUUUGUAAGGACUGAAAAAGAAAAAGCCUUUUAACAACUUUUUAGGAAAUAUUUUUGUUCUUAUAUAAAGGUGUUUAAAUAUU